UAUCACAAUAACUCUCUCUUGUUCAAUAUACUUUCAUUUAAUUGUGUUCAUAUUUCCAAAAUGCUUCAGAACAUGAAGCAUUUACCAAAGCCGUGUCUUAUUGUGUUCUUUUGUUUGUUUGUAAUGGCCACAUCUCCUCAUGCUACAACAAGAAUCCAAGGCAGCAGUGAGGUUGAUGCUCUGUUGAAGUGGAAAGCAAGCCUUGACAACAAUAGCAAAACUUUGCUAUCUUCAUGGAAUAUUAUUGGUAAUAAGCAUUGCAAUUGGGUUGGAAUCACAUGUGAUGACGAGUCAAAAUCCAUCUACAAGGUUAAUCUCACUAAUAUUGGACUAAAAGGUACGCUUCAAAGUCUCAAUUUUUCAUCACUUCCAAAUAUUCACAGUUUAGUUUUAUCAAACAACUCUUUCUAUGGAGUUGUUCCACACUAUAUUGGUGCAAUGUCCAAUCUAAACACUCUUGAUUUGAAACUAAAUAAUCUCUCUGGUAGUAUUCCCAAUAGUAUUGGCAAUUUGUCCAAACUAUUUCAUCUUGAUCUCAGUUUCAAUCAUUUCACUGGAAUUAUUCCAUCUGAGGUAACCCAAUUGAUUGGUCUUAAUGUAUUUUCCAUGGCUUCUAACUCUGAUUUAAGUGGAUCCCUCCCACAAGAAAUAGGUAGAUUGAGGAAUCUCACUACACUAGCUAUAGCUUUGUGCAAUCUCACAGGGACUAUACCUACCUCAAUAGAAAAGAUAACCAAUUUGUCAAUUCUUGAUUUGGGAGCUAACAAGUUUUAUGGCAACAUUCCUAAGAGAGUAUGGAAAAUGGACCUAAAGUAUUUAUCACUUCCAUAUAAUAACUUCAUUGGUUCCAUUUCACAAGAUAUUUUCAAGUUAAGAAACCUAGAGAUUUUAUACCUCCAAGAAAGUGGUCUUUCUGGUUCCAUGCCAAAGGAACUUCAAAUGAUGAACAAUCUAAUACAACUUGAUAUUAGUAGCUGUAAUCUCACUGGGUCUAUACCAAUAUCAAUAGGAAUGUUGGUCAAUUUAACUCUUCUCAAGUUAUUUAACAACCAACUUUUUGGCCAAAUUCCUCAUGAAAUUGGCAACUUGGUCAACCUCGAAAGACUAUAUCUUAAUAAUAAUAGUCUUUCUGGAUCCAUUCCUCGAGAAAUUGGAUUUCUAAAACAAACCAGCGAACUUGAUUUCUCUGCAAACAAUCUCUCUGGCACAAUCCCUUCAACAAUUGGAAACAUGACCAAUUUACAUUUUCUUUACCUGUAUGACAACUAUCUCAGUGGUAGUAUUCCUAGUGAAAUCGGAAAGCUUUAUUUCAUUUCCACAAUUCAGUUGUUAUACAACAACCUCCUUGGUCUAAUUCCAUCUUCAAUAGGUAACUUAGUCAAUUUGAAUACUAUUGACUUUUCACAAAAUAAACUCUUUGGAUCAAUUCCGUCCACUUUCGGAAAUUUGACAAACCUUGCUAUAUUAGAUCUUUUGUCAAAUGAUCUCAAUGGAAAUAUUCCAAAAGAAAUGAAUAAGAUUACCAAUUUGGAAAAUUUGCAGUUAGCUGAUAACAAUUUCAUAGGUCAUUUACCUCACAACAUUUGUGUUGGUGGAAUGUUAACUUGGUUCUCCGCUAGUGAUAAUCAUUUCACAGGCUUAGUUCCAAAAAGUUUGAAAAAUUGCUCCAGUCUUGUGAGAGUUAGGCUUCAAGGCAAUAAAAUAACUGACAAUAUAACAAAUAGUUUUGGUGUGUAUCCAAAUUUGGACUACAUGGAAUUGAGUGAUAAUAAUUUGUAUGGUCAUCUAUCACCAAAUUGGGGAAACUGCAAGAAUCUCACAUCCCUUAAAAUCUCCAACAAUAAUUUAUCAGGAAUCAUCCCACAAGAACUAGGUGGAGCAACUUUGUUAAGUGUACUUAACUUGUCUUCAAACCAUCUUACAGGAAAAAUUCCAAAUGAUCUAGGCAACUUGACUUCAUUGAUCCAACUCUCAUUAAGUAACAAUCACCUUUCAGGACAAGUUCCCGUUCACAUUGCAUCACUUCAGCAUCUAUCAGCAUUAGAACUUGCAUCAAAUAAUUUAAGUGGCUUCAUCCCAGAACAACUUGGAAGCUUGUUUGGGUUGUUGCACUUGAACAUGAGCCAAAAUAAGUUUCAUGGAAGCAUUCCUUUUGAUUUUGGCCAUUUAAAAGUUAUUGAAGAUCUUGAUCUAAGUGGGAAUUUUUUGAAUGGAACCAUACCAGCAAUGCUUGGACAAUUAAAUCACUUACAAACAUUGAAUCUGUCACACAAUAAUCUAUCUGGUACCAUUCCCUUGAGCUAUGGUGAGAUGUUAAGCUUGACAACUGUUGAUAUAUCAUACAACCGGUUGGAGGGUCCGAUUCCAAACAUUCCAGCCUUUCAAAAAGCACAUAUUGAAGAACUGAGAAACAACAAAGACUUGUGUGGUAAUAAUGCCUCUACCCUAAAGAAUUGUCCAAAAUCUAGUGGUAACUCUCAUACUCCAAAGGCUAACAAAAUUUUGGUACAAGUUUUACCCCUCACUCUAGGCACUGUACUGAUAGCACUAUUUGUUUGUGGGUUCUCGUAUCAUCGAUGGCGAACUUCAAGCACAAAAGAAAACAAGGUUGCUGAAGAAUCACAUCCUGAAAAUCUAUUUGAGAUAUGGAGUUUUGAUGGAAAAAUGGUGUAUGAGAACAUUAUUGAAGCCACAGAAGCGUUUGACAACAAGCAUCUUGUUGGGGUUGGAGGACAUGGAAGUGUUUACAAAGCAGAGUUGCCUACAGGACAAGUUGUAGCUGUGAAGAAACUCCAUUCAUUACAAAACGGAGAAAUGUCGAAUCUGAAAACUUUUGCAAGUGAGAUUCAAGCUUUAACAGAAAUCCGACAUCGAAACAUUGUGAAGUUAUAUGGAUAUUGUUCACACUCACGACACUCAUUUUUGGUUUAUGAGUUCUUGGAGAAGUGUAGUGUGGACAAAAUUUUGAAAGAUGAUGAACUAGCAACUGCAUUUGAUUGGAAAAUGAGGCUGAAUGCCAUUAAAGAUGUUGCAAAUGCUUUAUGCUAUAUGCAUAAUGAUUGUUCACCUCCUAUCGUUCAUCGUGAUAUAUCCAGCAAGAAUGUUAUUUUGGAUUUGGAAUAUGUGGCUCAUGUAUCAGACUUCGGUUCAGCUAAGUUUCUUAAUCCCGAUUCUUCCAACUGGACCUCUUUUGCGGGCACAUUUGGAUAUGCUGCACCAGAACUUGCAUACACAAUGGUAGUAAAUGAGAAGUGUGAUGUGUAUAGUUUUGGAGUAUUAACCAUGGAAAUACUUUUUGGAAAGCAUCCCGGAGAUAUUGUAUCUACUAUGUUGCAAUCAAGUGGUUUAUACCAAACAAUUGAUGCUAUGUCAUUGAAUGAUAAGUUGGAUCAACGCCUUCCUCGUCCUACAAAUGCUAUCUGGAAAGAAGUGGUAUCAAUCAUCAGAAUUGGAUGUCAUUGCUUAAUUGAAAGCCCGCAUAGACGCCCAUCAAUGGAGCAAGUUUGCAAUGAGACUGUAAUGUCAAAGGCAUCUUCAAAUAUAGCAAUGGGGGUGAUUUGAUCUAAUGAUUUAUUAGACAAUUUUCUGUCCUUGUUUUGAUUAUAGGAUAUAAGUAUUUUAUCUUGAGAAUAAAUUAUAGCUAAGAGUUAAUCUUCUCCUUGAUUUCAGUCAGAUAGAUAAUGUAUUGUUCUAUUGGUGUGUAACUUUGUUGUAUGAGUUAGUAUUGUACUCAUUUUAGCUUCUUUAAAAAUAAUACCACUAUUCGUUUGAACGAACUUAUAUCAGUAUAUUGUAUUGUAA